UGGAUACAGUGUAUAUAUACAUUGCUCAUUCAUACAAGAGGGUUCUUCAAAUUAUUUCAGUGUGACAGACUCUAAAUUUAAACUUCUUUGGUGUCAAGAUAGAGGAGUAGUCUUGUUUUGGACAUCAAUGGCGCCGGAGCGUUCCGCUGCGAGCUUCUGGACUCAGUCCAAUGCCUUGCUCAGAAAGAGCUUAACAUAUCAGAAAAGAAACAUCCGCUCCAAUAUCAUGCUGGUUUUAAUACCCUUUUUCUUCAUCCUCAUUUUGGCUGCCCUCCAAAGUCUGCAGAAGAAUGUGAACAAACAGUUAUCAAAACCCGAUUGUGGAUCUUCAGACCAAUUUGAUCUAACUUUAUCUUGUCCCAUACCUCAGCCUCAAGAAUGGGCUCCAUUGUUGCAGUUACCAUCUCGAGAUUACCGUGCAGUAAGAAGUAACUUUCUUCUAUCUGACUUGCCAGAUGAGUCAUGCCGGAGUAGGAAUGAUGAAAGAGGCUACUCCUCCUGCCCGGUAACACUACUUCUUACUGGGAAUAAUCAGUCUUUAGGAGAAACUCUGGCUGGAAAUAUGUUGUUGAAUUCUCCCCCGCCGAAAUCCGCUGGUGAUGGCAUGGAAUAUAUAGCGCAUAAUGUCAUGGGUUCGGAUUCCUCACCUCAAGAGAACAUGUUUCAUGACUAUGACUGGUCUAAGGAUGUUGUGACCAUCUAUAAUGUGCAGCGCCACUGCUCACCAAAUUCUUCAUUCUAUCUUCCAGUUCGAGAAGCAAGUUUGCAACCAAAAAUAUUUGUUGAAUGCGUUGAAGGUUUGCCUUUGUGGCGCAAUACUUCUACCAAAGUAAACAAUGAGCUAUAUAGAGGUUACAGAAAUGGGAAUUCAGAGGGGAAGAUUAAUGAAGUACUUGGAGCCUAUGAUUUCUCCAACUCAGAUAAGAAUAAUUUCAAUGUGAGCGUAUGGUACAAUUCAAGCUUGAAAUCUGGAGAUGAUGAUGUUGGCGAGGUGCUGAGCGGGGCUGGAAGUGAUUCUAAAUUGUUGCGGCUUCCACGUGCAGUGAAUCUGGCCUCCAGUGCCUACCUACAGUUCUUGAAAGGUUUUGGAACAAAUAUGCUGCUUGAUUUUGUCAAAGAAAUGCCCCUGCAGGAAACCCCAUUCCAGAUGCCAGAUAUUGCCUCUAUGAUUGGUCCACUCUUCUUUACAUGGGUUAUCUUACUGCUCUUCCCUGUUGUGAUGAAGUCGCUGGUGUACGAAAAACAACAAAAACUCAGAAUCAUGAUGAAAAUGCAUGGACUUGGUGAUGGACCCUAUUGGAUGAUUUCCUAUGCCUAUUUUCUUACAGUAUCUGUAGUGUACAUGCUAUGUCUUGUUAUAUCUGGCUCACUUAUCGGGUUAAAAAUUUUCAGACUACAUGACUACACCAUCCAGUUUGUUUUCUACUUCUUAUAUAUGAAUUUGCAAAUAGCGAUGGCUUUUCUAGCAGCUGCAUUGUUCUCCAACGUUAAGGCUUGUUCAGUUAUAGGUUACAUAUUGGUCUUUGCAACCGGGCUUUUUGGUUCAGAACUUUUUCAAGCCUUUAUAGAAGAUCCAUCAUUCCCUAGAUACUGGAUCAUUGUUCUUGAGUUGUAUCCUGGCUUGUCUCUGUAUCGUGGGUUAUAUGAGUUUGCAGAAUUCACCCCUGAAGCAAGUACUGUGGGGACUGUUGGGAUGCGAUGGGGAAAUUUGAGACACAGCAAGAGUGGGAUGAGAGAAGUCUUUAUUGUCAUGUUUGUGGAGUGGUUUGUGCUGAUUUUUGUUGCAUAUAACUUGGAUAAACUUACAUCAUCUGUAAGUGGAAAAAGUCCUCUAUUUUUCUUGCAAAGCUGCUUUGGAAAGAAUAAAGAACAUUCCUCAUCUCUUAGGAGUGGGACGCCUAGUGCACAAUGGCAGGGAUCUACAGUUUCUAUUCAGAUGGACAAACCUGAUGUUACUCAAGAGAUGGAGAAGGUUGAGAGUUUGCUAUUGGAUCAAGAUAGUACAAGUCACGCGAUCAUCUGCCAUGACCUGAAAAAGGUGUAUCCAGGAAGAGAUGGAAACCCUGAGAAGUUUGCAGUGAAAGGGUUAUCUCUUGCUUUGCCACGAGGGGAAUGCUUUGGCAUGCUUGGUCCCAAUGGUGCAGGGAAGACCUCUUUUAUUAGCAUGAUGAUUGGUCUGACAAAACCAAGCUCUGGUGCGGCAUAUGUUCAUGGUAUGGACAUUUGGACUCAGAUGGAUGAAAUAUAUACCAGCAUGGGUGUUUGUCCACAGCACGACUUACUAUGGGAGAGCCUGACUGGAAGGGAGCAUUUGCUGUUUUAUGGCAGACUUAAGAAUCUCAAAGGUUCUGCCUUAAUAGAAGCUGUGGAAGAGUCUUUGAAGAGUGUGAAUCUGUUCUAUGGUGGAGUUGCUGACAAACAGGCUGGGAAGUAUAGUGGAGGUAUGAAGAGAAGGCUUAGCGUUGCAAUUUCACUCAUAGGGGAUCCGAAGGUUGUUUACAUGGAUGAGCCUAGUACUGGACUAGAUCCAGCUUCAAGAAACCAUCUAUGGAAUGUUGUAAAGGCGGCGAAACAGGACCGAGCAAUCCUCUUAACCACACAUUCCAUGGAAGAGGCAGAGGUUCUCUGUGAUCGACUAGGAAUUUUUGUAGAUGGCAGAUUGCAGUGUAUUGGAAAUCCGAAAGAGCUGAAGGCUAGAUAUGGAGGAUCGUAUAUCUUCACAAUGACCACAAGUGGGGAUCAUGAGGAAGAAGUGGAGAAGAUGGUUCGGACGAUCUCACCCAACGCCAACAAGGUAUACCGACUCUCAGGGACACAGAAGUUUGAGCUGCCCAAAAAUGAGGUCACUAUCGCCCAUGUCUUCCAAGCUGUGGAGGCUGCAAAGCGGCAAUUCACAGUGUUCGCUUGGGGUCUCACUGACACUACUUUGGAGGAUGUCUUCAUCAAGGUUGCUACAACCGCUUCACAGUAGUGUUCGCCCAUACUACAUGACAGAAUCCAAGCGUAAUGUUAAUAUGAAAUGAUUGAUGCAACAUCUAGGAGAAACUAGAGAGUAGACACAGUUUACACCAUAAACCUUAAACCUUAUUAUGGUUUUCAAAUGUUGGCUCUCUUUUGACCAUAAGAAUGAUUUCAUGCGUUUAGAUUGUA